AUGGAUGCCUCCCGGACGCCCAAGCCCCCUCGUCGGAACUCCGUGGCCCCAUCAAUCAAUUCGGCGACAUCGCCCUCCUCCGUCGAUUCGACAGCUGCCCAAAAUGGGAUCUCAAGUAUCGGAUCUCGAGAUGUUGAGCUUCAGAAAAAGCGAGCACGGGACCGCAAAUCUCAACAGGCCAUGCGAGAUCGCAACAAGUGGGCGAUUCACAAUUUGACGGAACAAGUCGCAAUGCUUACCCGCGCCGUCGAGGAGCGAAGCCAGCAGACAGCCAUGCUCCAUGCUCGUGUGGCUACUCUUGAGGUCGAGAAUUCGCAGCUGCGGACACAGAAUGCCGCGCUCCAGCUCAGCUUGAUGGGGCGAGAUGCUAGCACGACACCUUCGAGUGAACUACUGAUCACGAGUCGCGAGCCCUGGGAGACAGCACCCAAGAACGCACAAUCCACGUGCCUCGCAGAUGAGAUACUGCAAGGCUUUAUUGCUUCUGUCAGGACUGACAACUUCCUAUCUGCAACGAGCGUGGUGGAAAGGGCGGCAUCGUACUCUCUGAAGCCCAAACUCUGCUCACUAAUCGAACCUGACAGGAGCACGGAGGAUGACAUUAGCAAUGUCGUAGCGGACAUAGUGCGGUCAUAUCCCGAGAUUGAGACUCUGCCAAAGCAGGUCGCUGUAUUCUGGAACAUGGCACUGCUUCUCAAGGUCGGUUGA